AUGUCCUCUAAAGUAUGUAUGUAUGGUCGCUACACACAGGAGUUGGUACUGCUCUCCCUUAACCCUGUCUGUGUGUUCUUCCAGAUGUAUGGUCGCUACACACAGGAGUUGGUACUGCUCUCCCUUAACCCUGUCUGUGUGUUCUUCCAGAUGUAUGGUCGCUACACACAGGAGUUGAUGUAUGGUCGCUACACACAGGAGUUGGUACUGCUCUCCCUUAACCCUGUCUGUGUGUUCUUCCAGAUGUAUGGUCGCUACACACAGGAGUUGAUGUAUGGUCGCUACACACAGGAGUUGGUACUGCUCUCCCUUAACCCUGUCUGUGUGUUCUUCCAGAUGUAUGGUCGCUACACACAGGAGUUGAUGUAUGGUCGCUACACACAGGAGUUGGUACUGCUCUCCCUUAACCCUGUCUGUGUGUUCUUCCAGAUGUAUGGUCGCUACACACAGGAGUUGAUGUAUGGUCGCUACACACAGGAGUUGGGGGUGCGUAGGCCCUCGGUCACAGACCGCUCACGCUCCCUGGAACUUCUGGAGAAUGACAAGGGCUGCUGCGCCAAGUGUCGCAUCUGUACGGUGCGCUGUCAGAAGUUCCUCAUCUCUUGUGUUGGUGAAGACUGGAUCUUCCUCAUCCUCCUGGGUCUAUUCAUGGCUCUACUCAGCUGGCUGGUCGACUUUGGUAUCGGCAUCUGUCUACAAUCACAGAAGUGGAUGUAUGUGAACCUGGAGAGUAAUGUGUUUCUCCAGUACCUAGCCUGGGUCACCUACCCUGUGGUGCUCAUCACCUUCUCAGCUGGCUUCACACAGCUACUGGCCCCACAGGCCGUAGGUUCAGGUAUCCCAGAGAUUAAGACCAUUCUGAGGGGUGUAGUGCUGAAAGAAUGCCUCACCUUUAAAACCUUUGUGGCCAAAGUCAUCGGCCUCACCUCUGCCCUGGGCAGUGGCAUGCCUCUGGGCAAGGAGAGUCCGUUUGUUCACAUUGCCAGUCUUGGUGCUGCACUUCUCUGCAAGUUCAUGUCUCUGUUUGGAGGAAUCUAUGAGAAUGAGUCGAGGAACAUUGAGCUGUUAUCAGUUGCCUGUGCUGUGGGGGUGAGCUGUGUUUUCGCUGCCCCUAUAGGAGGUUUGCUGUUCAGUAUUGAGGCAAUGUCUACUUUCUUCACUGUGAGGAACUACUGGAGAGGGUUCUUCGCUGCUACCGUCACUGCCUUCAUGUACAGAGUUCUGGCCGUGUGGAACAGAGACGAGGUGACCAUCACAGCUCUGUUGCCAACCAAUUUCCGUCAGGACUUCCCCUUUGACCUCCAGGAGCUCCCAGCCUUCGCUGUCCUUGGUAUUGCCAGUGGUCUUGGCGGGGCGUUGUUUGUCUGCCUGAACAGACAGAUAGUCCAGUUAAUCAGGAACCAGAAGACCAUCAAAAAGUUUCUCAUGAAGAAGCGUCUGCUGUACCCAGCCCUGGUCACUCUGCUUGUGUCUACGCUAACGUUUCCCCCUGGCUUCGGACAGUUCAUGGCAGCCAAGCUGACCCAGAUGGAGUCCCUGGAGACGUUGCUAGACAACCAGACGUGGUCUAAGCAGGGCAUACCCGAGGAGUUUGACAGCAACAGCCACUCCCAGGCCUGGAAACACCCCCAGGUCAACGUCUUCGUCACCCUCACCCUCUUUGUCGUCAUGAAGUUCUGGAUGUCUGCUCUGGCCAUGACCAUGCCUGUGCCCUGUGGAGCCUUCAUGCCUGUCUUCGUCAUUGGGGCAGCGUUUGGCCGUCUGGUCGGGGAGAGCAUGGCCGCCUGGUUCCCUGAUGGCGUCCACUCUGAUGGCACCAUCUACCCCAUAGAGCCAGGAGUGUACGCAGCCGUAGGUGCGGCGGCCCUGUCUGGAGCAGUCACUCACACAGUGUCGACGGCGGUCGUUGUGUUUGAGCUGACGGGUCAGAUCAGCCACAUCCUGCCGGUGAUGAUAGCGGUGAUACUGGCCAACGCCGUGGCCCAGUCCCUCCAGCCCUCGCUAUAUGACUCCCUCAUCAUGAUCAAGAAACUACCCUACCUCCCUGAACUGGGCUGGGGACACCACGAGAAGUAUAAUAUUUGUGUGGAGGACAUCAUGAUCAGGGAUGUGAUGUACAUCACCCUCAACUGCUGCUACAGAGACCUGCAUGAUGUACUGCUGACUGGACACCUCAAGACCCUAGCCCUGCUCGAGUCCAGUGAGUCGAUGAUCCUGCUGGGUUCUAUUGAGCGUGCCCAGAUCCAGGCCCUCCUGUCCCUACAGCUAGGCCGGCCACGGAGACUGAAGUACCUGAGAGACCGGGCCACAGCUGAGAAGCGCCUGUCGGUGGUCUCCCACCCGAGCAGCGAGGACGGCUCCACCAUGGUCAACCAGGAGGUCCACUUCCAGGUCAAUAAGAUCUCCACAGAGGAGUCUUCCUUCAGUUCCACCCCUACCCCCUCCAUGAAGCCACUGAAGCCGGCCCUGAAGAGACCCUCUGUGGUGGACUGCCCUACUGAGAUACCCAUGCCCACAAGUCCACAGGAUCACUCAGGCAGCACCUUAAAGAACCUAUUCCGUGUCAGACCUGAUAUAGAAGGCCUGGAGGAUGACUUCGAUGUGGAUGAUGACAUGACCAUCAGAGAGAUUGCAGAGUGGGAGGAGAACCAGCUUGACGAGCAGGUGAACUUCGACAACUGCAUGAUCGACCCCGCCCCCAUCCAACUGGUGGAGAGCACCUCACUACAUAAGACCCACACCAUCUUUUCUCUGCUGGGGUUGGACCAUGCCUACGUCACCAGCAUUGGACGACUCAUCGGAGUGGUGUCCCUCAAAGAGCUGCAGAAGGCCAUCGAGGGCUCUGUGGCAGUGAAGGGGGUGAAUGUGCGCCCCCCUCUGGCCAGUUUCCGGGACAGCGGCACCAGUGGCACCAUUAUGAACAACGAGAACAAGGCCAGAGAUCUCCACAAGCUGUGGAACCGCCGAAAGUUGAUGUCCCUCCCCAAGGAGCACCGAGCCUCCGACUCUGACGAGAAGUCCAAGUGAGGUGGACUGGGAUAGGUUGACGGGGAUGGGGACGAUGAUGCGGACAGGUGGACGGGGAUGGGGACAGGUGACACAGGGAUGGGGACAGAUGUGUUGGCGAGGAGUAGGAGGAGCAUUGACCCCCCCCCCCAACUCAAAACCACUGCAAUGCUGCAAACUCAUGGCUUGGAUCAAUAUUUAAUUCUGGACUAUAGAGGGAUGGGUUAAGGUGUCACUGCUUAACAAAGGUGAUCAGAGCAAAAUGUAUAGAAUAUGCGUGUUUUGACUAUAAAAGGAAUUGCAUUUUUAUACAAAUUUUGCAGACUUGGCUAUUGGUCUGACUUUGAGAGGAAAUUUAAAAAAGAAAAUCCUAUGUGUAGCACAGUUAUUGUUUUUGUAAUGCAUUAUAUGUAACAGAUUACAUGUAAUCUGUUACUCCCCAACCCUGUCAAGCUCCAUAUAACGCAUUUCAGGUAAAAUAACAACCCAAUGUUUAUAUCCCAAGACAAAUUAGCAGAAAAUACAGUCUCAAACACACACGCACAAGUUUUAAUAAGAGCCAGUCUGCACACUCCAAGACAAUGGAGUUCUCUCUAAAAAUAGCUCUUUAUAACCUUGAAGACAGGAAGAAGGAGAGGGGGGAGAGGGAAAGAGUGAAAAAGGCUCAAAUAUGACAAUAUGAAAGCGUUUUCUGUUAUCUAAUCUGCUGCUGCUUUAGGGUGUCCCCCCCC